AUGGAUUCUCCGGUAGCUGACAGUGGCUCUCCCAUCAUACAGAGACGCAGGAAGAAGAAUGUCAAGAAAGUAGUGCUCUUCUCCCUCAUGGUGUGUGGUGCCAGUGGUACCGGUCGCACAACCUUCGUAAACACACUCUGCGGCCAGCAGGUCCUCAAGUCGAAAGAGUCAGAUGAUGCUGCGAAUGCGCAUCUGGAGGAAGGCGUGAGAAUCAAGCCAUACACAGUCGAGCUCGAGCUGGACGAGGAAGGCACACGAGUCUCGCUGACCAUCGUCGAUACUCCCGGCUUCGGCGACCAGAUCGACAACGAGUCUGCAUUCGGCGAGAUUGUUGGCUAUCUUGAGCGACAGUACGAUGACAUUUUGGCCGAGGAAUCAAGAAUUAAGCGUCGACCUCGAUUCCGGGACAACCGUGUCCAUGCUCUGCUCUACUUCAUCACACCCACCGGUCACGGCCUGCGAGAACUCGAUAUCGAGCUCAUGAAGCGUCUCUCGCCUCGCGUUAACGUCAUCCCAGUCAUUGGCAAGGCCGACUCCUUGACACCCGCCGAGCUCGCCGAAUCGAAGAAGUUGGUUAUGGAGGACAUCGAGCACUACAAGAUCCCCGUCUACAACUUUCCCUACGACAUUGAAGAGGACGAUGAAGACACCGUUGAAGAGAACGCUGAGCUGCGUGGUCUGAUGCCGUUUGCCAUCGUUGGAUCGGACGACGUCAUGGAGAUCAACGGUCGCCGAGUCCGCGCGAGACAGUAUCCGUGGGGUGUGGUUGAAGUUGAGAAUCCAAGACACUCAGAUUUUCUCGCCAUUCGCAGCGCUCUGCUCCACUCGCAUCUGGCAGAUCUCAAAGAAAUCACCCACGACUUCUUGUACGAGAACUACCGAACGGAGGCCUUAUCCAAGAGUGUUGCCGGCGGCACUGUCAAUGCCCAAGAUCAAUCCAUCAACCCUGAGGACUUGGCCAACCAGUCCGUCCGUCUCAAGGAAGAGCAACUCCGCCGCGAAGAGGAGAAGCUGCGUGAGAUCGAAGUCAAGGUCCAGCGCGAAAUCAACGAGAAGCGACAAGAAUUACUGGCCCGCGAGAGUCAGCUUCGAGAAAUCGAGGCUCGUAUGCAGCGAGAGCAGAGUCACGCAGAAGAGCUCAACGGUGGAGCCGUCGACCGCGAGUAG